UCUAAUGAAAACCUUGAGGACGACAUUUCAAGCCCGUUGAGGCUGAUUAUGAUGCCAUCCCUGUUGAAAAAUUUGGGCUUGCACUUCUGUAUGGAAUGGGUCUUGAUCCGGACCAACUUGAAAAGAAGAGGUAUCCUCUUGUUAGUGUAUUAUACGUUGGCUAGUAAGCAAGAUAACAUUAUACGGCCCAAACGACUCGGACUCGGGGCUGAUCCUCAAGUUAUGAAGUUGCUUGACCAAAAGAAGAACUCUAAAAACAAAGAAAGCAAAGAAGAGCUUAAAUAUAAGGUUGGCGCCAAGGUGCAAAUUGAGGGGCUGGAUGGCGACACAGGCCGCGUUGCUGUCAGGAUGACUUUAUCUAAAGAGGUUUCAAGUCUCCUUGAACAUGCUUUACGGCUUGUCACUGAGGAUGAAUAUAAUCAUCUUUCCAAGUACCUAAAUCAAAUGGAGGCCGAGGAAUUUAAGAAAAAAGAUCAGGUCAGACUGGAAGAAGAGCGUAGAAAGGAUUUAGAAAUGCGAUUACAGUAUGCAGCCGAUCAAGAAGCCCAACUUACUGAUAAUAACGAUUUUGUCAAGCCUUAUCUGCCCUCAGAGUGCGUUAAACCUCACAAUUUUUAA